AUGGCAGACUCCAAUGCCUCGACGUUUGCGUCUCCGACUGCCGACAUCGCGCUCACUGUACGUUGCGUGCGCGAGAUACUCGAGAACAUCCGCAAGACUUCGAGGCCCAGUCGGCCGGAGUCUAUCACCGACCAGGAUGCAAGGCUUUAUGCAGAGAUUGGCGCUGGUAUCAUUGACGAGUUCCUGGACGUCCAAGACGCUGAUGACGUCUGGUCCGAGCUCCUGAGAGGGCCUUGUAUCAGAGAGAUCUUUCUGGCGUGCGACGGCUACAAGGAUGGUGAUGACGACGACGAUGGUGGUGACGGGAGCAAGAACGAGAACAAGAACGAGAACAAGAAUGACUGCGACACACUCAUAGUCAUCUACGUCUGCAGAGACACGCUGCUGUUGGACAGCUUUCGAGACUUCGCGCGGCGAGCCGACAAGCUCCUCUGUCGUAAGUGCUCCAAAUCCAAGUACAAGGAUGCCCUCGCCAUUUGGCAGGCAGCUCUCGACCAGUACGACCGGACUGGAGUCAUGACGACAGAAGAGAGGGCCGCAUGUGACGCACGAGCUCGGAGCAAGGAACCCAACAUGAAGAAGCCGGCCACAUUCGAACGGUGGGCACUGAGGAUGUGGAGGGAGUUGCACGACCUGAAGAGGCCAAGCGACCCUGCAGAGAUCGAGAAGAAGGUCGACAACGCCAACAUGUCGACGGCAGGCUGGACGAAGGAUAUCAGCCAGCGUGUCGAUAUUAUCGCCACUACAACACCUGCCCUGGCCCCCGAGCGAGCACAAGCUAACACACCACCACCAAAAUACCUAAAGGCCGUCGCAAUACCGAACAUGCCCAUGGCAGAUAUCCGCGUGCUCAUGUGCUUCUUCUGCGACAAUCAAGUAGAUUGUCCAGCGCCCUCGAGCACAUCGGCUGACACAGCUCUGGCUCAAAUGGCAGUUCCAAAUCAAGACGCAUCCUCCCAUUGUGGCUGCGGUGAUCCGGACCCAGCCAGGAUUGAUGGCGUCGAGAUUGUGGAAGAGGGCCUCAGGAUCAUGGCCAAUCAGUGUGAGACCAUCGAAUCGGCCAAGUCCAAGGAUAUCAUCGAGAACACUCCGUACAUCAUCUCGGCACCGGACACAGCUGAUGGCAUUGUCGCUCAACACGGCAGCGUGAACGAUGGAAGUCCAGCUAAACCUUCGACAGCUGCAGUCGAGGUAGAGAGCACCGGGCUCACCGCCGCAACUCGAGGCGUGCAAGCUAGGGGUGUACCGGCUGAUCAAGCAGUAGAGCUCGAGUUCAAGACACGCGAGGAAUCUCGAGCAGCGGUGGCGGAUGCUUUUGGUGUCAAUGAGGCUCGUGGGAAAGCGAAGGCUGCUGAAGAGGACAUGGUGCAGACUUCCAACCAGAGUGGGCAGAGCUCAGCUGAGCCACAGGGCGUACCGUACUCCUCGUACCAGGAGAACGCAUCCAGGGACUUGGAGCGCGCCAUCGCGGCCAAGAAACUCCAGAAGCGCAAGAACGGCGAGGCGGAUGAGAUAAAUAAGAAGGGUGAGUUCCUGUCACCGGCAGUGAGCAUUGGGGUUUCGAGGCUCUUGAUGGUCCAUUACGAGGGUGAUAUCAGUGCGUGGGCCUGCAGCAAUGUCAGCGACGCGCCACGAUGGCAAAAGCAUAUUUGUUCGAGUUGGUUGGUUUCGGAAGAACUUACAUGCGCGACAUCAGUAACGGUGGUGUAG